UCUCUUGUGUUAAAACAGCAAGAAAACCCUUCAUGUUGCACGUAGCUUGCAAAAUAUAUUGCACAUAAUAUUUUAAUCCUGUUAUUGCAUUUUUAAUUCAUUCACCAUAUGCACAUUAAUAAAUGUUCUUGUGGGUUAUCUUAAGUGUUUGAGAACGAUGAUUACAUUUCCAAAAUGCCACAGGAUGUAUGUGUGAUACGGGGUGGUUUCCAUCUUUCAUGGAACCACACCUACUUAUUAUAAGUCCGUUUUUAAACGAACUUUCUUUAGUAGUUGCAUUUUUACAGUGCUCAAGGCAGUGUUAUUUUGCAGUUGCAUUAUGAGGUAUUGAAAUAAGUUUUCAACACGCCCACUAUGCGAGAAUACAAAAUUGUAGUAUUAGGCAGUGGAGGUGUCGGCAAAAGUGCUUUGACAGUACAGUUCGUGCAGGGCAUAUUUGUAGAAAAAUAUGAUCCCACUAUAGAAGACAGUUACCGUAAGCAAGUAGAAGUUGAUGGUCAGCAAUGUAUGUUAGAAAUCCUUGACACUGCAGGCACAGAACAGUUCACUGCCAUGCGGGACUUGUAUAUGAAAAACGGCCAGGGAUUUGUACUUGUCUAUUCUAUAACAGCUCAAUCCACGUUCAAUGACUUGCAAGAUUUAAGGGAACAAAUAUUAAGAGUAAAGGACACAGAUGAUGUACCGAUGAUACUAGUGGGUAACAAAUGCGAUUUGGAAGACGAACGUGUUGUGGGCAAAGAUCAAGGUGCUAAUCUAGCCAGGUCGUUCAAUAACUGUGCAUUCUUGGAAUCAUCUGCUAAAGCAAAGAUAAAUGUUUGUGAGAUAUUUUAUGAUCUGGUUCGGCAAAUCAAUAGAAAAAAUCCAGAAAAAAAGCAGCAUAUCAAAAAGAAAAAGACGUGUUCAAUUUUGUAAAUAUGUAGUGACUAACUGGUAGUGAUGCUGUACAGGCCCCCUUCAAUUUAUGUCUCGAACGUGACUUCACUACAGAAAAUUGUUUGAUCACCGUGGAGCAUGUGUAUUGCGGAGAAUUUUGUACAUUCUGUUCAAGCAUUAUUAUUACAUAUACUGGGGUCCAGGCUGCAUAUUACUGUAACAAUUAAAAUACCAUGUUCCUCCAUUCGCAGCACUUCCAGAAUCUUCUGAAAAGUUUUCUUCAGUAAUUUCUUUCAUAAUUAAAACAAAAAGGUACAAGAAUGUGAAUCGGUGUCCCAACAUUUUGUUUGGUAGAAGCGCGGGCCGGAAUGACAAAGGUUACGCUUUGUAAAGUGUUAUAUAUAUGCAUAUAUAUAUAUAUAUAUAUAUAUAUACUCUGUGGAUUGAUAUAGUAGUGAAAAAAAAAGAUAUUUCAUAUUUUCAUAUAAAUUUUGAAUCACAUUUAUUAGAAUGAGUAUUUCGUCACAUCGGGGGGUAAACUGCAAUCUUCAUCAAAAUGUGUUCAUCUAGUUCAUUGGAGGGGCUUUUGAGAGUCUGUGAAUUUGAGAUUACUUCAGAAAUUAAUAUAAAGUUCUAAAAUAAUAUUCAGGUGCAACUAAUUUACAUUCCUUCCAAUGUAAUUUUAAUGUUUGUUUCUUUUAAAGUUUGGUGUUUUACCCCAAGUAUUUUGAGAGUUAUUGCUGUUUUCCCCUCAGCUCUUCAUGUAUUUGUGCACAGCGUUUUGUAACUUAUUUCAUCAUGUUCUAUCAUUGAUUUGUAUUCAACUUAGCAUAGUUUUAAAACAAAUAUAUUAUGUAACUUGCAGUGUUGUUUUGGCCAAUGCUUCAGAAUUCAGAGAAGUUUUUAACUUGUCCUUAAUGUUCAAGCAGAGCUUUUAAACUGACGUAAUAACUUUUUUACAUCUGUAUUUCUAAUUGUGUUGAGGUGCCUAUGCUUAUCAGUCCAAAUUCUCAUCAUAACCUCUCAAAGUUGAACAUUCUAUUCCAAAUGAAAAUGGCAUUUCAAGAUUGACUCAUUAUAAGGAAAAAAAAAUAUAUCAUUUAAUUAUUAUAAAAGAAAUUUUUCAAUGUUUAUCCUCAUUCAGUUGUAAUGAAAUGGAUGAAAUUUAUCUUGUUGGAUGUCUUCAUUUUAAAAUAAAUGUGUUAAAUUAACAUUAAAUGAGUUUCAGUGUGAUUUUUUAAAUAAAAAAAUGGCAUUGUUA